GGCUGCUUCCCGUGCGCUCCCGGCGCUGAGGCGCGGCGCCGCUCUACGUUCUGUCCGCCCGGCGCCUCUGUCUCACCUGGACCAUGCCACAGUGACGCUGCUGUCGCGCGCUUUACACCUGCUUAACGCUCGGAAGAAAGCGCGCGACGGGAUCGAAUGCUUCGCGGAGCGCGCGCUCCCUGUGUGACGACGGCUGCGACAGUGACCUAACGAAGCCCCAACCGCCGCCGCAACUCUACCCGGGCCUUCCCGUCUUCCCCCGGAGCUCGAGCGAGGGCAGUCGGCGGCGGCCCGGACUCGCCCCCAUGGCGGCGGAGGGCGAGGCGGACGUGGAGUGGGUGGUUGACAGCAUCGCUGGCUUCCUGCGCGGGCCCGCCUGGUCCAUCCCCAUCCUGGAGUUCAUGGAGCAGAAGUGCGCGGUUUUUGAUGAUGAAGAAGAAAGCAAGUUGUCCUAUACAGAGAUUCAUCAGGAGUACAAAGCUCUGGUGCUGCAUCUCAAAUUAGCAAUACAUGCAUUUUUGCUAUGUUUUUUUAUAGGUGUGCUACCUGACUGUUUGACAGAUGGUUCUGAUGUGUUCACUGAAAUUGAACAACAAGAAAUGAAAAUACUCAGAGAGGUUCUUAGGAAGUCUAAGGAAGAAUAUGAAAUGGAGCAAGAAAUGAAAAGGUCUAAAGAGACACAUGAGAAAUUGAAGUCAUCAGAUGUUACAUACAGCUGUCCCGGAUAUUCAAGAGAAGCAAAAGUUAAGGAAUCCACUGAAGAUAUUGAGAGAAUUGAUGAUUUAGAAGAAAUUGCAAAAUUAUCAUUAGAAGAAACAAACAAAUCUACUAAGGAAUAUUUAAGGCCUGUGCAUCCUCUACUAAGAGUGAUAGAACCUCCUCUACAGCCUUCUGAACCUGCCAAAGUGAAAGAAGAAAUUAAGAAAAAGGCAACUGGAAAUUGUUCAGAGAAUGCAACAGGAGAAGCUGGGCUUGAGGGUUUUAAUUUAUCAGAGCUUGAACCGCACCGCCUCAGACAACGAGAAGACUAUUUAAAACAGAAGCGAGAUACCCUGAUGGCUAUGAAGAAGGAGUCAAGAAAUACUCUACCAACACCAAAUAUAUAUCAGAAAGAAGAGGCAUUAUCUUCUAAAGAGGAAAUGUCAGAACAGGAGAAGCAAAGACUAUUACUGAAGAGGAGAAUGCUUGCAGCAAAACUUAAAGAAGAAGUUAUUAACAAGCACUAAGUUUUAAGAAUCUCAUUGUAAGAAUACUCGUGGACAAGAAUUGAAUUUCCUUUAGAAUAAAUUUAACCAUAAACUGCUUGCUUUUAAACACAAUAUAUUGUUGAUUUUCUACAAAACAUGAGCAACUAAUUUAUUCAUAUACAUAAUAUUUAAAACUAAAUUGCAUCCAUAGUAGUAAAAACUCGAUUUCACACACUAACCCAGUGGGCCAAGAUUUUUUAAAGUGCUGACUUCUCUGGGGUCUGCUAGGUGCUUAGCACUUUAGAAAAUCAGGCUACCUAUUUAGGCAGCACCUCAAUAAUUAUGAGGUAUUUUAUUACCAUAACACCUAGAAACCCUAGGCAUGGACCACAUUGCCCUUGUGCAGUAAGGACUUAGGAUCCUACCUUUAGACACCCAUCUUUGAAAAGCUUUGCCAGCGCCACUUAUUUAAAAUUACACCUUUGUAAAAUUUAAUAUAUAAAAAAUUCAAACACCUCUACGUAUUUUUUUUCCCCUUUUUUCAAAACACAGAAAUGUUCAUACCAUGGAAAACAUCAUCUAAAGAAUUCUUACAUCAGUUCUCUAACAGAGAGGUAAAAAUACAGAACUUGCUUCUUUUCCUUUUAUUAGUCUGUCAGUGAAAUAUUACCCUUUUCAAGUAUCAAAUAUGAUAAAGUCUAAUUAAACAGGGAAGCACUCAAGUUUUGUUUGAGAUACAGGAAAUGCAGAUGAAGCUUGUGAAGUCAUGAGACAAAUUUCAUAGUAACUGUAGAUUCCAUUGUUUUUAUAAACCUUUUGGGCCAAUUUAACAGUAACUAAGUAACAGUAACUGUGUUUUGUGGCGAAGUACAACUUUUAAAAGUAAACGUUGUCUCAGUUAAGUAAAAUGUGAAAACACUUAUGAGCUAGUCCCAUAAUUCAAAAUUUUGAAAACAAUUUUUUGCCAUUUUGUUCACUACAAUUCACUGCUGUCUGGUCAUAAAUCCUGCUUAGAACAUUUCUCAGCAAAGAGGCUGUAAUCUGUAAGGUUUCAUCACUAACAAUGCUUGAUUGGCGCAGUAACUGAGUAAAAAACCACCCAACCAAUCAAAAUUUAAUGUAACUUUUUAUUAAAAUAGUAUUUAUAACUGAUACAUGUUGGCAGAUGUAAUAUUUUUUCUAAAAAAAAAAAAAAAAAUCUGUAGUGGAGGGGCCCCAGGCAUUAGAAUGUGUCUGUCCCUAGCAGAAUGCAGACAGCAUAUAAUAAAUCAUAGAUAAAAGAAUCUUUGCCUGAGGCAGGUGACCCUGCAUGUUAGCCAGUUUGAGUGGGAGCUCCAUAUGUCACCCUCCCAAGGGGGUUUAAAAAGUUUGAUAAAAAUGUUCAAACCUUAAGAUGACAUCAAAUGUCUCUUCAUAUAGUUUUAUUCUUCUAGAGUAACUAUAAAAAUUCAUAACAUUCACUUAUUUGCUAUAGAAUAAAGGCUCAUGAGCUGGUCUGAAUGUAUUCUUAAAGCUCUUGGCAGUUCUUCAGAAGGGAAAGGUUCUAGGGGAAAAAAUGAGAAACCAACACUUUUGAAUCAAAGAACUUUGUUUAGGGUAAUUUUUUUUA